UUAAAUUUCCUCGCUUGCAUACUGAUAUCCUCACAGAGAGACCAUCGCACUUCCGGUGGUCCUAUCACCAGCAGUUGACAAACAAUUGAUUGGCUCUUUCACCUCCGCAAGCAAGUACGUUCUGUUAAGGACGAUGCGAGGCUCAAGCGGAGCCUCACACGUUUGCGCACAUUGUGGAACGACGCAAACUCCCUGCUGGCGCAAGGGCCCACCGGAGAAGCCCACGCUCUGCAAUGCUUGCGGCAGCCGCUAUCUCGUGAAGGGAACUUUGGCGGGCUACUUUCCUGGAGCACGCCGUUCCUCGGCGAAUACCGCGCGAAGCGAGAUUCCCCAGAUGCACCACGCAGUUGUGGUCACCAAGGGCUCGCGAAAGGGAGCGUUGCCUGCUGCCGAGGGCCAUAAGCGGAAGGAGCGAGAUUUUGAUGGGUAUGAGGGCCAGGCCCAGCGCAUUUUCAACGACUAUGAGGCGCUGGAGCAGCUUAGGUACUCGCUCCUGUUUGGCGCGCCAGUACUCAUCGGCAACGGUGCAGUUGCUGCCACCGCCUCGGACUCGUCUGCUGAGGGCCAGCCGCAUGAAGAUUGCUUUCGCCGGGAGUCUCACUACCUCGAUGCGUCGUCCGACGAGUACCCGGAGACGGUACAAAACGUCGCCCCCAACCCGUUCCCUGCGACGGCGACGACGGGUAUUUCCGGACCUCGGCCCGCUAUGUUCCACCGGCGGCCACGGAAACAGCUUCGGCCAGUGGCGUGCUCCUGCUAACGCGGAGUGCUGACGCAGGAGUUGUCCCAAUAAUGACCAGCUCGACUAAGGGUUUGCGUGCACGGCUCGGCAUGGGAGCUUCCUACAGCGGAUGUUGCCUUGUCCUAAGCCCGACAUGUCCCGCCGUAAAUAAGCGGUCAUUUGUCUUUCAGCUUAUUCUUCCUGGUAUGGUUUUGGGGGCAGGCAUGUUGCUCGGCCAGGCCCUUUUGGUGUCGCUGUUGUUUUGCUUGCCUGUUUUGCCGCACGCUCUCUUUUCCAUGCUACAGCCCAGAGGCCUUCUUUCCGUUGGCUCGGAUGCUCGGCGGUGGCCCGGGUCAUGGAUGCCGUGUAGGGACUGCGGCUGGCAAGCAGUGUGCUCAAGCUUAUUUUGAUGCCUUGUGUGUGUUUGUUGUAGUGCUGUAGUUGGUAGGCUUCGGUUCCUGACACGUUGAUUGCUGCUUGCAUGGGCGCAAAGAGUGAUAGGGGCAUCGGGAGAGAGUUUAUAAGAACCGAGGGCUCAUGACAUUGGGGCGAAGAUAAUUGCUUGUUGUUAGAGAUCAGGCCUAGGGUUAGGGAAUGACGAGGGAGGGAUAAAGACCAAUGACCAUGAAGGCAUGGAUCACCCUUUGGGUGUUUCCCAGGUUGCUGUCGCCAAUGCGGGGUUUCUAGCUGCGGAUUGCGGUUUGGCGCGCCCAUUGCUUGCGCCAGGUUUUGCCGGGACGGGCUUCCAUGCAUGUGCCGUGUUUUGUUGCGCUGCACGGGUUGCCCGUGGUUCCCAGCGCGGCGGCGAAGUUAGUUUGGCAGGGCCACCCUGCAGGCAUGCUCGGUCUUGAGUGUGCUAGUGCGCCUUUUGCAUGUGGGGAAAGACUUUUCAAAUGCUCUUAUGGGUGUAUGAUUUAAACCGCUUUGUCGGAGGCCGUUGCUGUAGUUGUGUGCUUUGCCUCUCGAUACUGGCGCGCCCCUCGCGUUGGUAGUUGCUAAGAGUGUCCUCGCUUGACUGGUGUACUACGGUAGUUGAUAGCGUGUCCUCGCUUGUCUGAUGUGCUACGGAUGGGUUUAAUUUUUUCCGGGACCUCUGGUACCCCCUUAUAGUGCUGCUUUCACGCCGGUGCCGGCGCACGGCCUUCAAUGCGGCCGGUUCUACUGUUUCUACUACUGCUACUAGUUCGCAGCUUUGCGUAUUGCGUGAACGAGGGUGGGCUGUGCUGCGUGGCCCGCGUAUAAAAGACAUGAAGAGUUCUUCUCAGCUGGUUUAGCACAAUAGCUUUACGUCUAAACCAGCCUGUUGAGGGGGUACUUGUCGUGGCGACAGUUGCUCGUGAGGCGGGUUUAAUGCAUUUAUGGCGGUGCAGGUGUUUGUGGGGGAUCUUCCUCCGCUGUACCUUGCUGGCCUUAAAGGAGGAGACUUGACGGGUUGCAGGCGCGAAAAAUUGGGGAUAUUCCCGAAGUUAUUUCCGUGGAACAGUGUGGAACGUUUUAGGUUUCCACCACACCACGAUGUCGCCAUUUCUUUUGUACCAUAGCCGAGGUGGACGUCGGUUGGCGGUUGUUGCCUCUUGCUUGUGCAUAGGUGUGCGCCCAUUUUUCAUUGUCGAGAGGCGGCGUCCGUUGAGGCGAUCGGUACCCUGUGGGCCGAAUGGUUUAAGCUCUGCCGCAUGUACUCUAUUGAGAGGGGAGGCCUGCGCUGGUGGCCGCUAUCGUAAGAUACCGUCGGAAGACUGGUGUGCACACAUUGCCGGAAUUGUACCUGCACAGCUGUAUGUGUAA